GUUCUGUUGAAAAGCAUCCAAAAGAAUACAGCAAUCAUGUCAACACCAGCCCACUGCAACCAUCUGAUCAUCGUCUGCUGCCACGCUAUAUACCUCGGUGGGCCAACACACGGCACCUCAGAGGACGAAUGGCUCAUAGAACCCUUCCAGAAGGGAGAAACAUCCACCUUUACAGCUCAUGUAAAAGCUGGUCUGGAAGCCUUGGCAAAUGAUCCGGCUGCGUUGCUUGUUUUUUCGGGAGGCGCAACAAAGAGGAAUCGUACUAGUUUAACAGAAGGGGAGUCGUACCUGACCCUCGCCCAUGAGAACAACUAUUUCAACUACACCGUCCCUUCCGCCCAAAUCAUCGCCGAAACCCACGCUACGGAUUCCUACCAGAACGUACUAUUCUCUCUACUCCGGUUUAGGCUCUAUACGGGCGCCUACCCAUCGCGGGUGACAGUGGUGACGCAUGAGUUCAAGCGGAGACGCUUUAUGGAGUAUCAUUUUCCCGCUAUAGGAUUGGCUCCGCUUCAGAGGGGGCUUGGAAAGGAAGGUAGAGCUGCUGUUGUUGGGAUUAAUCCGCCUGAGGAGGUGACUUCUGAGGCAUCUUUGAUCGAGGGGGAGGAGAAAAGGGGGAUUGGGUUGUGGAUGAGGGAUCGGUAUGGGGUUUUAGGGGAGUUGAAGGAGAAGAGGGUUAAGAGGGGGUGGGUGGAAGGUAUGGAGGAAGGGCUUUUUGUCAAUGUGGGGUUGGGGAAGGCGGUUGAGCAGUUGGUGAGAUGGGAUGGAGGGAAGUGUGGGAAUGAGUGGUUUUCGAGGAUGGGGGAGUUGCCUUGGUUUUAG